UCGACCUGCGGGAGCAGCCCGCGACGAACAGCUGAUCCUUCCGCGAGUAGAUACAAAAAGAAAAGAAGACCCCCAAAAAAAGAAGACAACCUGGUCCGCGAUGGUCACCGCCGCGUCAUGACUUCACAUCGCACGCGCGGCACGACGUGAUGCGUUCUUGUUGAAGUUGACACCAGGGAGAAACGUCUAGAAGGAGAGCGUUUUUAUUCUUCUUUGGACCUGUUGAUCAUCGGCGUGGCAGACGGACACACACACACACACACAGACUACCUGCCGACCAUCAACUAUGUUGUUGUCACGUGUGCUGCUCUUCACCUUGUGUCGCGCGCUCGCGCCCCUGUUCCUCUGCUACCUGCCGCAGGUCUGCGCGCAGAAGCCCGGCUCGAGGUGGCUGAUCGGAGACAGGGACAGCCACUGCGGGGUCAUCUGCUCUCGGACGCAGGGGAAGCCGGUGUGCGGCUCGGACGGCCGGAGCUACGAGACGGGCUGCGAGCUGCAGAGGGCGCGCUGCAGAGACAAGGCGCUGACGCUGGCGCAUCGCGGCCGCUGCCGAGGUAAAAAUUGGGUGAAAAUCGAUCAGCUGCCGGUGGCUCCGGCGCCCACUGCCGCGUCGGAGACGAGAGACCUGGAGCUCAAAGAUGCGGCUCAGUCCAAGUGUCGCGUUGAGCGGAGCCAGGCUCUGGAGCCGGCCCGGAGGCCUCAGGAGGCCAUGUUUAUCCCAGAAUGCAACGAGGAUGGAACCUUUGCGCAGGUCCAGUGCCACACUCUGACCGGCUACUGCUGGUGCGUCACCGGCGACGGCAAGCCGGUGAGCGGCUCCUCCGUGCAUAACAGGACCCCGGUGUGUUCAGGGUCGGUAACCGACAGACCGCCCGGGCCACCGAACUCUGGUAGAAAAGAUGACGGCUCCAGGCCGACGCCCACCACGGAGACUCCCGUCCCCCCCGAGGGAGACGAGAUAACGGCUCCGACGCUGUGGAUCAAACAGCUGGUUUAUAAAGAGAACAAGCAGAACAGCUCCGCUUCCAGAAAGCAAGAGAAAGUUCCCUCUUGUGACCAGGAGCGACAGAGUGCACUGGACGAGGCUCGGCAGAAUCCUCGCGAGGCCAUUUUCAUCCCCGACUGCGACUCCGGAGGCCUUUACAAAGCGGUCCAGUGCCACCAGUCCACAGGCUACUGCUGGUGUGUUCUGGUGGACACGGGACGGCCCAUUCCUGGGACAUCCACCAGGUACCAGACGCCGGAGUGCGACGGCGUCGCGCGAACUCGCCUCUCAGACGUGGAAGCCUUCCAAGGCCGAGACCUGACAGGCUGCCCAGAGGGGAAGAAAGUGGAAUUCAUCACAAGCUUGUUAGAUGCCCUCACCACAGACAUGGUGCAAGCCAUAAACUCACCGGCCCCCUCCGGUGGUGGGAGGUUUGUGGAGCCUGAUCCCAGUCACACGUUAGAGGAGCGGGUGGUGCAAUGGUACUUCGCCCAGCUGGACAACAACGGCAACCACGACAUCAACAAGAAGGAACUCAAGCCGUUCAAGAGGUACCUGAAGAAGAAAGCCAAGCCCAAGAAAUGCGCCCGCAAGUUCACCGACUACUGCGACCUGAAUAAGGACAGAGCCAUUUCCCUGCAGGAGCUGAAAGGCUGCCUGGGCGUCAGCAAGGAGGGUAGCUCAACAAGUGGAAACCAAGGGCCGAGGCAAGGGACCAAACUGUUCAAAAAAUACGCAGAGUCAGCGUUAAAAGUGAUCACGUUGCAUCGAGGUUGGAUGGCGGACGGUGACGGACCACCACUCGUUUAGCCACGGGAUCCGCCUGCCUGUGGAGGAUGAAUCGGUCGUCUGGUGUGAGGAGAGCGGUGUCCAGACGCUGAAGACGAGAGCAGAGGGCGCAGAGGGAAGGCAUCCAUCCGUACGCUUGCUGACAGGAAGAAGAAAAAAAGACGGAGCAGAAAAAAUUAUGAAGUUCUGGGAUAAUUUUUACAAAAAACGCGAAAAGAAAACAAAGCGGCGCCAAAAUAUUUGCACUUUCUCCUCCCAAUGUUUGACAUUCUAUCUGUUUGUACGUGUUUUUUUUCGCCCAUCUUUUUUUUCUUCUUGAAGCGACUGCAAAGGUCCGGGUAAGAAUGAGAAUAUAUUUGUAAAGAGAUCACCACUGGACGAUGUGUAGGAUUCCCCUCGUGUUUUUAGUCUGUUGUGAUUCCCUCCGUCCUCGCAUCACAGGCGCCAACACACAUCAAACUCACACGGCGGCCCGCGGGCCCGAGGCCGGUCCCCGCGGAGCAGCUCACCGCUCCGUGCUGAAAAGGAGGAGCUAUGGCAAUGUAGGCUUAAACCAAUUAUGACCAUGAGAUCUAAUUCAUCCGCACAUAUAUAGCUGAUGAAUUGCACUGCGCAGAACUCUCUGGACACGUUAACAUUUGGGCUUCAGAACCAGAACAAUGUGGUCCGGUUACAUGACCGAUGCCACCGCAUUCAGCUUGUAGUUUUCCUCAAUUAUCAGCAUGUUGUCUCGAGGUUUUAAUGGUUUUUUUUUUCUACUUUUGUGUAAAGUUUGUGCUAACGGAAAUAAUUGUAGUUAAGAAAGAUUGUGGAACAUGUGUAGCGGCUUUCAGUCAUAACAGAAGGUAGUAAGAGUACUUUUAAAGUCACCCCCCCCCCCCAAUACUGGUACAGAACAUACAGUCUUAGCAGUACACUAACUAACUAGAACGGGCACUCGGUAGAACGCAUACCUUCGCAUACCUUUGACCCGAUCAAUCCCAACAUCUAAUCAAAUGGUCCCCGGAUAAUAACCAAUCAUCCCAACAAAUUUCAUGCGAUUCAAGAAGAUUUUGACCUUUUCAUGACCUUGACCUUUGACCCAAUCAAUCCCCAAAUCUAAUCAAAUGGUCCCCGGAUAAUAACCAAUCAUCCCACCAAAUUUCAUGAGAUUCAAGAAGAUUUUGACCUUUUCAUGACCUUGACCUUGAACUUUGACCCAAUCAAUCCCAAAAUUUAUUCAAAUGGUCCCCGGAUAAUAACCAAUCAUCCCACCAAAUUGUAUGCGAUUCGGUUUAAUACUUUUUGAGUUAUGCGAGUAACACGCAUACAAAUAAAUAAAUAAAUACACGGCGAUCAAAACAUAACCUUCCGCAUUUUCAAUGCGAAGGUAACGAGUUGAGGACAAUUAGAAAGAAUAAAGGGCGGCAGAGUUGCGUGUUAAUCCUCUCGUUUGUCAUAGAAACGCUUUUCCCAAUCCAUUAAUGUUGAUAUCUAAAAACAUAUUGAUUAAUGCAGCUUUAAACCACAACGAAGGCCAGCGGUUUACACAUAACUCCACUCUGUUGUUUUAAUGUGUCGUCGUUUGUCGUUUGCUCAUUAUUCAGUCGCUCCAUCGUCAAACCGCUGAAGACUAUUUCCAGUGUGUUAUUGUUUUGGGUUGUUUUUCUCUGGGUUCAUAGGGUUUCUCCUGGCUACCGUUACAACUUACAAUAACAUCAACACAUCGCUGACAAAGACCCCCUGGAGGGGAUGUUAUUUUUUCCAAAACAGAUUCACAGUCCAGAGAAAGACGUUUAAAUAUUCGUAUUAGAACCGGGAAGAAGAGGUUUGCACAGAUGACCGAACCCGACCGGUAAAUGGAGGACGAUGUUUACGCGGCUCAGUGUCCCGUUAAUAUCCACUCCUUUCACCCGCCACACUCACGCUUAUGCCGGUCAUUGUAAACAAAGAUGUGGCAUUUACAAAUGCCAGCUCCUAAAAUAAAUAUUUGAGUCUCCCCAGUCUUCUCGGAGUACAUCGUGUGUAUGUAAACACACAGUUGAUGUCGGUCCCGCUCUCACCGCACACACUUGGAGCGUUGCCACCGAAAGCGAGACAAUGCAGUGCGUCUCUUUAAACACCCACAAGGGUAUCGGAUGAAGAGGGAAAACACCCAGAAGAGACCCUAUGAACAAGUUUUUGAUUUAACCUAUUAUUUCUCCCUCACAUUCGGGAAACAAUUGAGUUUUAAAAUUGGAGAAUCGUGAGUUUGCUAUUGUGGUCCGAAUGCUUGUGCAUUUGUUUGGAGUUGUGUGUUUCUUAUAUGUUUAUAUCACUGCAGGCUCAUAAACAUGAGACUAAAAAAGGCUCCCAUUGUAAAUAUGUACAAUAACCUUUGUUUGUUUGUCUGAUUGAUUUACGAAAUUUCAUUAUGGGC